CCGCCCCGGGAGUUCUGGGUCCCCGCCCACCACUAGUCACGUGAGUCGCCAAAAUGGCGGCGCUCGGGCGUGAGGCUGGAGCCGACAGGAGGGCUGCAGGUGUGGUGCCGGUGGGAGUUGGGGAAGCGUCCAAGGACAUCAAGAUGCCAACAUACAUAUAUGGUCAGUCCAGUCCUUCUCUAGGAGAUGCAAAACUCAGAAAACCAAUGGUCAUCGAAAUCAUAGAAAAAAAAUUUGAAUAUCUUAGAAAAGAAAAGACUUUAAAUAUAUAUGGAACAGUGACCUUUGGAACAACAGCUGGUUUCUCUGGAAUAUUGGCAAACUUAAUUUUCAGACAUUGCUUCAAGGUUAAACAUGAUGCUUUGAAGACAUAUGCAUCAUUGACUACACUUCCAUUUUUGUCUACCAUAGUUUCUUAUGAGCUUCUUGUAAGACAUGCUUUGUAUUCAGGUAAUAUAAGCCGGGAAAAUUGUGUUCUGAGAAGUUCACUGAUUGGCAUAGUGUGUGGUGUUUUAUAUCCCAUUGCUUUAGCUUUUUCUAAAAAUGGACGUCUGGCAGUCAAGUAUCAUACUGUUCCACUGCCACCAAAAGGAAGGGUUUUACGUUAUUGGCUGCUGCUUUGUCAAACAGAGGUAAAAGCAAUGUUGAUUCCUCUUAUACUUCAGACAGCCCUUGGAAUAUAUCAUGGUCAACAGCAUUAUGCAAUAUUUGAAAGUACACUUGAGAAAACUGUACAUGAAGAUUAACCAAAGAAUGAAUGGAUACUAAAUCAGUAUAAUGGACUUUUUUAUGAUGAGGACUUAGGCACUGCUGAAAGAGUUAAAAGUAAUUCUGGAUAGACAAUUUGUUUCUUUUCCUUUUGCCUUGUGUAUAGCAGGUGCUCAAUAAAUAUUCAGUAAUUAAAUAAA